AUGCAAACUCUCCUAACUGCAAUUGGCAAGAUGAGGGGAUGUGUAAACCAGGUUGAAAAUUUAAAUCCAAGCGGUGCUUCUGAACAAGAUAUUGAUAAGAAUUAUAAGAAGGGGUUCAAAUUCGAUCAUGUAUGGCCCAUCUUGAAAGAUAUCGAAAAAUUUACAGAUGUUAAUGCUGGAAUUCAAGUGGGACAUGUUAAUGCUGGAAUUCAAGUGGGACGUAUGCAACAUGGUAACUUUGCAUCAUCACAAUCAAAGUACUCUCCGACUUCAGAGUCUCCCACACUAGCAUCUCCUGGAUUAGCUUCAUUCAGUUUUAAUAUGAAUGACAAUGAUUUUGGUGAGAAUCAAAAAAUUGUUGCAAUGAUGGAAAAAAAUAAUGCUGAUAGGCAACUAAAUUAUGAAAUCCAAAUGUUACGAGUUCAAACUGCGGCAAAAAAAGUGGACGUGGAUGAAUUACGAGAAGAAAAUUUAAUUUUACUAAAAAAUUUGACACAAGUAACUGAUCCAAAACUACAUGAGUUUCUUGUACAAGAACAAUCAAGAAUUAUGCAUAAAAGAACUAAACAAGGUGAAGGAUCUCAAAAUACCAGUUCUGAUACUUUUGCCCAAUAUUUCGAGCAUCGAUCUUCGUCCUUCUGA